AUGUCUCGCAAAACCCUUCUGAUUGUCUUGGGAACACUCGUUGUCGUCGUUGUUCUACUUGUUGCCGCCGUCGUAAUCUUGAUUAUACUGGCGUCAAGAAUAUCGUCGUCGACAAGCAACCAAUUGCACGAGGAAGACACGGCGGACCAAUCAAUAUGGGCGAACUGCUCACGGAUCUGUGGCAAACCCGACUAUGAAAUCUCACAUUAUCCCCUUGUCAUAAUAUCUCUGAAUGGAUUUGCCAGAUCUCUGCUGAUUCGUGAUCUUCCAUCACUGAGCAGAAUUGCCAGAUGUGGAGUAACUUCUGAGUCCGUCUACCCUUGCUUCGGCGCUGAAAAUAGCACAAACAGUAUGGCGAUCGUGACGGGCUUGUUUCCAGAGUCACAAGGUCAUCCCGACUACAUUGUUCCCCCAAGCGAUUAUUCGCAUCCACUUCAAGAUCAACUGGAUCAGGUUGAGUUGCUACCCUUGGUCUUUUGA